UAAGUAUCAUAGGUCAGUAAUACUGAGUCAGUCUUGAAGAAGAAGACAUUAUAGAUACCACUUGGUAUAUGUUUUGAUAAACCUUAAGUAUUUUGAACAUGCAGUAUAAUAAAGAAACAAGUUUCUAAAUAGAUUCAGUAUGAAUAGUGCAGAAGUAGUGGAUAUUCUCAGAGGAUCUCAGAGAGAUAAUCUAUUUGUCAAUGACAUACAAGAUGAUUUGCAAUCACUUUAUAAAGUCCUCGGUCCAAGAAACUAUCAACUUAGACAGACAGCCCCAAUUGUAGCAAAUGCCUGGUAUUACUUAAUAACGUCUCUGGGAAAUGUUCAAACAUUAGGGGAAGAGUAUACUGGCACUAUUCGACUCACAAAGCAAAAUACAAUUCCUACAAAAUUAGUACAUUCAAUGUGGCUGUUGUUGUAUGUCGGAGGUGAACCAUUAUUAGAAAGACUGAUAUUAAAACUCAAAUCGGAUAUUACAAAUUCCACUUCAUUAACACACCAAGCACAAGCUGUUUUCUUAGGUAUCCUAAACUUUUUAUCCUCCAAUAAAUCAAACCUAAAAAGGAUACACCAAGCUUUGUUUUAUAUAAAUGGAAGAUAUUAUAAUGUUUCAAACAGGAUAACUGGCAUUAGAUAUGGACUUGUGAGACCCUGGUUAAAAGAUGACACGUUUUCAGGCAGUUUUAACUGUUUGGGAUAUAUUUCUUUGUUUUACACAUUAUUUAGUAUUGUUCAUGACUUAUUAACAUCACAUUCUGGCAACUCAGAGACUUUAAGUUUGAAUUAUACAUCGUCAACAAAAUGUUGUCCUCUAUGUACAGAAAAUUUAAAAUCAGCCAGUGCAACACCUUGUGGGCAUAUAUUUUGCUGGACGUGCAUACAUGAUUCUCUGGCGUAUCAAAAGUGUUGCCCAAUAUGUCGGGAAGAUAUUAGCCCAAAUAGAAUUUAUUAUUUACAAAAUUAUAUGUGAUUUAUUUUUAAUAUAAAUAAUAUAUUUAGCUA